AUGUCUGUUAGAAAAUUAAUUCUGAGAUCAUUACUUCAUCAGAAUAAAUUUGCUUAUGUGCCAGCUAUACUUCAUCAGCAGCAUCAUACCCAUGAGAAGUAUGACAACUAUGAUGACAGACAUAGAAAUAAGAAAAAAAAAUUUGCCUUCACUCUAUUUGGAUCCAUAUUAGUAGGUUCUACAAUUACAGAUGAUAGUAAACAUAAAUUAAAUAAAGACAAACAAAAAACAGAAGAUGAAAAAGGUAUGGAAGCUGGUGAGAAGAGGCAGGAUCUACCUACUUUCAGAGCUGAAGAAGUCAGCAAACAUAACAACAAAAAUAGCUUUUGGGUGACAUACAGGCAUGGGGUGUAUGACAUAACGUCAUUCUUACCUUCUCAUCCUGGUGGUGAACAAAUAUACAAUGCAGCGGGAUACAGUAUUGAGCCUUUUUGGAAUGUGUAUGGAAUGCAUAAAACACAUGAGGUCUACGAGUUACUAGAAUCAUAUAGAAUAGGCAAUCUACAUGAAGACGAUAUGGUGGACCACAGCGACGACGAGCUUUGGGCUAGGGAACCCUACCGUGACAAACGACUCAUUGUCAAGACUGCCAAGCCUUUCAAUGCUGAAAUCCCACCGGAGUAUCAGAUCGCACAUUUCGAUACACCUAACGAGUUGUUUUACGUGCGGCAGCACAUGCCUGUUCCAGAGCUGGAGGCGGGCAGCCACCAGCUGCGCGUGGUGCUGGCGCCCACGCAGCAGGUCAGCUCGCUGUCGCUGGCGCAGCUCGCGCGGCUCCCGCGGGCGAUCGUGCGCGCCGCGCUCAUGUGCGCCGGGAACAGGCGCAGUGAGAUGCAUCAGGUGAAACCAGUCAAAGGCAUCAGCUGGGCGGGAGGGGCAAUUAGCAAUGCUGUUUGGAGCGGAGUCUAUUUACGUGACGUCCUUCUACACUGCGGAGUAGACCCCAAUGAUACGGAAGGGAAGCACGUCAUUUUGACGGGGGCGGAUAUAGACGCGACCGGGCAGAACUUCAGCACUUCGAUCCCGCUGCAGCUGGCCUUAGAUCCGAAUGCCCAGGUCAUUCUGGCCACGCACAUGAACGGGCAGCCGCUGCCACCCGACCACGGCUGCCCGCUGCGCGCCGUGGUGCCGGGCGCGCCCGCCGUGCGCAGCGUCAAGUGGCUCGAGUGUAUAACAGUGUCGGAAGAGGAGAGUUCCUCUCACUGGCACAAGAAAGAUUACCGCUCGUUCAAUCCUUCCACCACGUGGGAGGACGCGGACUUCGAGAGUGCACCGCCCGUCUACAGCCUGCCCGUCACCUCUGCCGUCUGCGAGCCGCGCCACGGGGACACUGUGCGCGUGCGGGACGGACAUAUAGAAGCCAAAGGAUAUGCGUACUCCGGGGGCGGGGCCCGUGUGCUACGCGUGGACGUGAGCGGCGACCGCGGCGUCAGCUGGCGCACCGCCACCCUGCAGCAGGACCACGCGCCGCCGCGCACGCACUACGCCUGGACGCUGUGGACUGCGCGCCUGCCUGUACCCGCGCACUGCGACCAGAUGGAGAUAUGGGUGAAAGCGACUGACAGCAACUUCAACACGCAGCCGGAAAACUUCGACCACAUUUGGAACAUACGGGGGAUACUCAGCAACGCUUAUCAUAAAAUUAAAAUUCGCCUACAGCAUUAA